CUCAUCAUUUGCUUGGAGAUUAUUCACAUGAUUCCCCCCCUGCUCAUCUUCUUACACAAAUCAAAUGGCCCAAUGAAGAUGAAUUUAUAACUCGACCCCCUUUGGAGGCUGGAGGUUGGAGGCUGGGGCUGAUUUAUUUAAGGAAUACACCUCUCAGAGUAUGAAGUCUCAGUGGAACAUGCCCGAGGAUGUGCUAACGUAUGUGAGCUGAAUGGGUCAGAAAAAAAUCCACCGCAACAACAGCCAGGAAAUGUGGAACAACGAGGACGGAUCCUGACACUCUAUCGAGGAACGAACGAACCCAGGAUCAACGAAAGAAAGGAGGCGAAAAGAGCGCUCGAAACGAUUCGAAAGAUUGAGGUAUGAGAUCGUCUCUAAACAUGUGUUGAACUAUUGGCUUCCUCCUCAAAGGCAAUGCUCAUGCGACGAGCACUUUGCACGAGAACGAACGCCGUGCAAACGAAGAAGCCAAGAACACGAAGUUCGUUCUUUCGUUCGUUCGUUCGUUCGUACGCUCAGAAAUAUGAAAAAUCCGGACGAAGAACGAAACCAGGAAACGACCGAGGCGGCUUGAAAACAUUCAAGCGACCAUGGACUUCGACUGGUUGUAAUCAAUAAAUGGUUAAGCUAUCACAAUGUCAAGGUACAGAGGCUACCAAUCCACCACAUUGGGAUAUUCCUCACGGAGGUACAACUUCUCAUCCCAUUCUGAACCACCUCCAGUGUCCAGAGCUUACACUCCAAGGCCCGCAUUUGACUCCAAUGAGUGGAGGAUCCAACAAAGUCAACGCCGAUUGGCCAAUCUCAACAUGAAUUCCGCAUUUGACAAGGCCCAAAAUCGAUUUAGCACCAAGUAUUCCUCGUCCAGUGAGAGGUUCCAAAGAGAUGACCUUGUGGAAAAGGUUUCUUGGAGAGACAUAUUCAAUAAGAAGAUGGAACAAGAAGUUAAGCCCGUUCAAGAUAACAACCAACGGCCUUUGAUCAAUACAAAGGUUGAACCCCCUGCUCCACAGCUUGUAACACCUUUGGCUAAGAUAAACGGGAUCAAAUCAGUGGAAAGUGAGCCAAGGCUCAAGGCUCAAGGCUCCACGGAAAGUUUGAAUGAAUCCGAUGAGUGGUCUUGGGAAGAGUAUUCAGAGAGCGAAAGUGACCAAGAGGAGGUCCAUAAGCAAAGUCCCAAAGGACCAUUACCAAGUCCGGUCAAAAAAGUCUUACCACAACCUGCGUCAACAACCCUUCCGGGGUUAAAAUUUACUCCUGCCAAACCCCACAAGGAAGAUCUCUCAUGGGUUAACCAAAGGCAGGAUAAAAUCAUUGUGGAUUCCAUGCACGCCACCUUAGAUAAAUGGCUGAAGGCAGUCUCGACUUGGGCCAAUGAUCCUUGGACAGCCAAAGGCCAAUAUCCAGAUGGAUCUGUAAGAGCUGGCACCAAAUCCACCGAUCCAUACUCUCGGUUACAAGACGAGAUCUAUGAUUACGUUGGAGAGCGCAAUUUCUUUGGAAAACCUCAUGGUAAAGGCGUGGUUACCUUCGCCAAUGGAGACAAGCUCACGGGGUCUUUUCGGGAUGGAAAACGAGAGGGGAAAUGCUCAUUGCAGAUGCGUUCCAAUGACAUCGUGUACCUCGAUGCUAAUUACACGAACGACAAAUUGAAUGGCAAGGGCAAGAUUGAGUACAAGAAUGGCGAUCUUCUGUAUGGUUGGUUUGUAUUUGGAACCCUCCACGGUCUCGGUAAGACCUUCAAUAAGGAGAAACAGCUGAUCCAAGUGUGCUGGUAUUCCAAUGGUGUUCCUGUAGGCACUGUUUGGAAAUUCCUUCAAGGAGGAGGUAUCCUAGUGGGGGAAGCGGAUAUAACAGGAAAUUUGAUUGGGGACGAUAUCGCUUUCCUGUACCCCGACCAUCAAACCGCCCUAUUGGGCACCUUUGUGAGGGAAAAGAUGUGCAUGGCACAAAUCGCAUUCAUCCAAAUGGUCACUGUCCGCCACGAAAUGUGUCAGCUCAAAUUCACCAAACCCCGCGGACCUUUGUACAUCUACGAUCCUGGAACCCUGACCAGGAUUUCAACCGAGCCCUUGUUACCGGAUCCAUAUGAGACCCAGCAUGUGUAUGUGCGAGCAUCCAAGCUCAGGGGAGCUCAAGAGGGUCUGUUUGCCAAUAAAGACCUGCCAACGGAUAGGAUAGUUGCAUUUUACAAUGGCAUUCAUCUCAGGGAAAACGAGUUGGUCGACGAUAAAAGUGACCAUGACGCGAAUGCUUAUAAAAUCUUGGAUCUUCAAGGUCCAGACUCGGAUGGCUUUCAAGGGAUUCUUGACAUUCCGCCAGAGUAUGUCAAUAUCAAGAGAUUUGGUAAGAUCCCCGCCAUCCAAACCGUAAUGGAAAUCACCAAGGAUACCGAAAUCUUCGUGAGCUAUGACUAUGAUCUAGAAGAGGCUCCACCUUGGUAUCAAGAUCUCUUUUCAAAACGAGUCAUCUUGCAAUACCAACAGUCCAAGCAAAUGUGGAACCUAUAAUGCACUAUGUUAAACAAUUCACCACUUCUUGUGAUAAUAUCUAACUCUCAACAUUUCAAAACCCAACCCAUGGCAAUGCAAAUUUGUACGAUUUCAACGCAAUAAUAAUAACAACAGCAACGCUCAAUAACAUUUUGUA